UUUGUAUUAUUGAAGCACUUGCCACAGAUCAAUCGAAACUGGAAGAUUUACAAUUAAGUCAAGGUUUACAAGCAUUGUCGUUGUUUACUGGAUUGUUGUGCAGAAAGUAUCAAUUCGAUUUGGCUGGUUUGUUACAAUAUGUACUGAAUCAAUUAAAAGUUGGUAAAAGUUAUGAUUUGGCAAUAUUACGUGAAAUUCUCCAUCGUAUGUCUGGUAUCGAUAUAUCGGAAGAAAUGACGGAAGAACAAUUAGAAUCCAUGUCAGGUGGUGAAUUACUAUUGCAAGAAGGUGGUUAUUAUGCACAGAUACGUAACACACGUCGUAAUGCUGGACGUCUUAAAGAUGCCUUGGUUGAACAUAAUUUGAUCAUGCCAUUUAUUUUUUUAAUGGCUCAACAGCGUGAUGCUAUCAUAUUUCUAGAUGAUCCAGAACGUCACUGUAAAUUAGCUGGGCGUUUAUAUGAUCAGUGUCAAGGUACUCUUGUACAAUUCAUAACAUUUCUUAGUCUUCAAUUAACUCGUGAUGAAAUGCAAACUCAGUGUUUAAAUAUUGACAGAAUGAUGGGUGAAUUUCAUGUUCCAGCUGAUACUGCCUUUUGUUUUCAUCGUAAUCUGUUUGAACAAAAAGUUGCUCGUUUAUUUGAAAGCAAAGAACAAGCAGAAACAAUGAAAUCUGGUGAAAAAUCAAAAUCAUUCAGCAAGACAAUUUUCUCAGCUGCUUCUUUACAUGUGUGCAAUGAAAUAGCUGCAGCUAUACGUCCAUUAUAUCCAGCUCGUGUAUGGGAUGAAUUAGGCAUUGUGUUCUUUAUCACAUUUUGGAGCUUACAGUCAAGUGAUUUAGUUGUCCCCGAAUCCGCCUAUCAACGACAAAUACAACAAUUAAAAGAGCAGAUUCAACAAAUUGAUACGCCGGCUAGUGGAUGGAAUUCAACAAAAAAGAAACGUGAGAUAGAACGUUUAGAAAAUUUAAUUGAACGUCUAACCAAUGAACAAGCUGAACGGGAAGAACAUGUAACACGUGUACGUGCUUGGCUUAUGACUGAACGUGAUAAUUGGUUUCAAACACGAUUAGCUACAAAAACUGAUACUAUUACACAAUUCUUACAAUUAUGUAUAUAUCCUAGAGUGUGUUUCACCGCAACUGAUGCUAUCUAUGCGGCACAAUUUAUGCAUGUUUUGCACCAAUUAAAGACUGCACGAUUCUCUACGCUGAUUUGUUUGGAUCGAAUUUUUAAUGAUAUAACGUUGCCAACCAGUAUGUGUACAGAAAAUGAAGCGCAUCGUUACGGUCGAUUUUUAUGUGCAGUCUUAGAACUUGUGAUGCGUUGGCAUGCCAGUGAAGAAGUGUUCAAUCAAGAAUGUGGUCAAUAUCCUGGUUUUGUUACUGUCUUCAGAAAGACAUAUCAAGGUUUAGAUGCGAAUACUAAACCAGACCAAUUGCAGUAUGAGAAUUAUCGUCAUGUUGUACAUAAAUGGCAUUAUCGUAUUACAAAAGCAAUUGUUGCUUGUCUAGAAUCUGGUAAUUAUGUUCAAAUUCGCAACGCAUUAAUUGUAUUAACACGAAUUCUACCUCAAUAUCCGAAAAUCACACAGUUCGGAAGUGCUGUUGAACGACGUGUAAAUAAACUAAAAGAUGAAGAGAAAGAUCGACGUCCUGAUUUAAAGGCUUUAGCAUUCAGUUAUGCUGGCCUAAUGCGUCCACGUAAAGUUAAAUGGGUUAGUGAGGAAGAAUUUCAUUUGAAAGAAACUAAACCAAUUCGCUCAGAGACGAAUACAAAUUAUUCAAGUAAUCAUCAAAGCAUCAACAGUGGUGUUAACACUAAUCGUACUGUAUCAAAUCCUGACAAUAGUUCCGGAACUACUGUCAACUCAACUAGUUACGGUCAUAAUCCACGUGGACAUUCCGGUUCAAAUCAAUUGACCAGUUUUUCGAAUGCGCCUUCAAAUAUAAACAACACUAGUUGUGGUAUCACCAAUACUAAUACCAGUAGUAGUGGUAGUGGAGGCAACAACACAAUUUUUGUUACUAGCAUCAGUAAUUCGUCUAAUAGUUCUGCGACACUUGAACCUCCACAUAUUUCAGUAUCUGUUCGACGUACUUCAACACAACCACCACCAUCAAAUCAAACUAGUAAAAUCCCAUCCAACUCAACUGUUGCUCCAAGCGGUAGUGUUCUGGAAACACGGUCACGACCUCAAACAGUGAAUGCGUCUAUAACAGCCGUAGAGUCUUCGAAAUGCAAUCCUUCUGGUCAACUCUCCGGGUCUGUGUCACUGUCCUCGGUAACAGCUGUGAGCAAUUCUAGUAGUUCGAAUAAUUUGAGCAAUAAUUCACCUUCCAUUCCAACAACUACCCAAAGUAAAUUACGAUCUAGUCAACGUUUUGAGUCAUCUCUACCACCUCCAGACGAUGAUGUUGCUUCUGUACCGGGACCACAAUCACAUUCAUCGAAACGACGCAGAAUGGAAGCGGCCAGCGCGAAUUUGACUAGUCCUAAUGGGUGCAUUUUAAGUGUGACAACAUCCAAGGCAUCAGUGAACACAGUUGACGAACCACGUGAGUCACAUAAAUCUUCCACACGUAAACGUUCAACUCCCACAACUAUUCCAGGAAGUUCACCGAUCACUCCAGAAACUGCUAUACAAAAUUUACGCUACACAAAUGCCGGUAUAGUUUCCAACACUGUUCCCAGUGUUAAUUCUUGCAGCGGCGGUAGUAGUGGUACUGGUAGUCGUUCAACAACAAGUCCUGGUGAAAAUGUUUACCCUGUUAAUUCUUCUCUACGUCAUCAUCAUCAUCAUCAAUCUAGACAGUCGAGUCAUCAAAGAGCAUCAUCAGGUAAUUCUACUGAAAGUAGAGAACCAAGCUUAGAAAAUGAACGAAAUUUAAUUGCUUCCAGUUCAGCAGGUUUGGUAAAGAAAGCAAAGAAAGGUAAGCGAAAAUAAAGCUCAUCAUCACCACCAUCAUCAACGUUCGUCAUUAGAUUCAAUGAAUAUGGAAUCUAAUCUUAACAAUAAUAUUAAUAAUAAUCCGGGUUCUAUUACUAUAUAUUCAACUUCAGAAUCCCAAGGACCAUCUCGACAUUCACGUAGAUAAAUAUUAAACACCGAUGAAAAUCACAUCGGUUUUAUUCUACGGUCUUAUUUUCUCUCUCUCUCUCUCUCUCUCUUGUUUUUCCUUAAAUUCCUUUCUCCUAUCUAUCUCUCUCACAUACACAAACUCUUAUUACAAGUGAUCACAUAAUCAUCAUGUUCGAUCGCAUUUAGUUCAUAUUUUCCUAUGAAUUGCACAGUUAUCGUGAAAAUAUCUACUGAGUUGUAUCAUAUUCUUUCUUAUCCUUUGUUUCCGUAAUUAAAGUACUUUCUAAUAUGUAGUUUUUUAUAAGCUAAACAUUUAAUCCUUGUACGCACGUUUGUGUGUGUAUAAGUACAUGCGCAUGAGAAUAAUCAAUUUUUGUUCCUUAUCCCGUGUAUCUUUCUAUGAUAGACAGUAUUGGCAGCAAGUUGACAAAUAAAAUGAAUUGCUCUGUUCGUACACAUCAAUCCUCUUUUUCGUCCUA